AAAACAGUUCUUAUAGAUAUCUAAAUAGGUUUUUGUUUGAAAAAAUCUAAAAUUUUUUAUUAAAAAACUGAUUCAAAUUAAAGAAACGGUACUUUUUUCGUAAAUAAGAAUUAUGCCUGAGGAAAGCAAAGCAAAGAAAUUGGCUGCUGCUAGAAGGAAGUUGAAGGAGUAUCAGCAACGCGGCUCAAGCACACCCACGGUUUCUUCGCUAAUAAACGAGUCAAUACCUAAUAGUAAUAUAUCCAGUAAUAUAUCAGAGAGAUCUCUUUCAGAGUCACAAUUAAAUGGCAGUAACGCAACCCCUCCAAGCAAUAUAGAGUCAGAAGCGGGAGACUUAGCAAAUACCGAUGUUAUUAGUUAUUUUUCCAGCCAUGAAAGUUUAGUAGUGGCGCAACCUGAAAACUUGACAAAUAAUAACUUGACGUCGUCACCUGUAAAAGAAGACAUGGUCCAGGACCAUACAACUUCCACAAUAAAUGCAAUUCAAAUACUUAUAAAUGAGAAGGCUCAGUUGACAAGUGAGUUAAAUAAAUAUAGAACAUUGUCUAAAGAAAAAGAUUUAGAGCUAGAAGAGUUAAAAGUCCAGCACUCCAAUGUAAACAAGCGUUUAGAAGAAUUACAAUGCAUUUUAAAAGAACAGCAAAAACAUGUCGAACAAGAAAGGUUCCAUAAUGCUGAAUUACAGCAUGAAUUGGCCCAAACACGGGGAAUAAGUGAAGAUCAAAUCACACAUUUGAACGAAUUAAAGAUACAAUUGGACAUCAAAGACAAAAAUUUAGGGGAUUUAAACAGCGAAUACAGAGCGAAGUGUAGUGAAUUGGAGUUGGCGCAACUUCGUAUACGUCAACUUUCAGACGAGAACAACAUCAAUAAAGAUAAUCGAGUAGAAACUUUAACACAAACGCAGUUCAUGUAUGAGCAACAGAUACGAGAUUUGCAGGCUAUGGUGCAGCAAUUGACCCAAGAUAAGGAACAGGCUAGUACACAGUAUCAGACUUACGUGCAGCAAUUGAACUCUCAAGUGCAGCAACUAAAUGAACGUAAUGGAGAAUUAACGGAUGAGACGACAAAGCAAGCUGAACGCGAGCGCCAAUUAGUGGAGCAUGUUCAGCAAUUGGAAAAGGAAAUACAGAAGAAUUUAAGCCGACAGGAUGAGUUUAAGAGAAAAAAUCAAAAAGAUACUGACACUCAGCAGCAAUUAAAAGAAUUAGAAGAACGUAUUAGUGAUUACGAGUUUGAGCGUCAUGAAUUUCAAUUAAAGAUUAAAUCCCAGGAAGAUCGGUUGGAGACACUACAACGAGAUUUAGAGCAUAAGCAGGAGGAACUAUAUGCAUUGCAAGGACAUCUUGAUCAAAUGGAAUCUGACCAGCCAGAUAAAAAAAAAUUGCUGGCUACCAUGGAAUCAGAUAAGGUCGCAGCAUCAAGAGCUUUAAUGCAGAACGCUGAUCUAAAGAAACAAUUAGAUGAGUUGGAAGGGCGUUUUGUACAGUUGACAAACGAUAAAGCAGAACUAAUGAAUCGCUUAGAUUCUGAACAGUACAACAAUCGAGAAAUGCAGACAAAUUAUAAAACCAUGCAAAAUCGCUUACAAAACAUUGACGAACGUUUCAAAUUCAAAGAUGAGGAAAUGAUACGUUUAUCUCACGAAAAUGAGGAAUUAAGAAGACAGAAUGAAAUCCUUCAACGAAUGGAAAAGGGGAAAGUUAGGGAGGAGGAGAAAACAAAUGCGGAGGAUGGCUCGGACAUUUUGGAAAAACGGCCUGAAUUUCAAUAUGACUAUCACGAGGAACAUGUUCAUAAAAAUAUGGGCCUGAAUAAAGAAGCCUUUUACCAUCAUCACGCGGAUCAACAUCACCAUCAGUUUGAGAAUACUUCCAUGCAUGAUUCUUGUCAAGAAGUUACUGAAGAGUGCUUAGUGGAUUUUAAAGAAUCUAUGGAAGAGACCGCGAUUUCGCCUGCUCCAUCAUCAUCGCACUUGGCUACCGAAGAAGCUGUGGAAAAGUUACAACAACGUUUUACCAAACUUAUGAGUCAAGUGGCUGAUUUGACUGAAGAAAAACAACGCUUAGAACAUAUAGUAUUACAAUUACAAGGUGAAACUGAAACAAUUGGCGAAUAUAUAGCCCUUUAUCAAACACAACGGCGUAUGCUAAAGCAACGGGAAUAUGAGAGAGCUGCCCAAACUCAGCUGUUACAAACUGAACGUCAACGAAUGCAUGAACGUCUGGCUUUAUUGAAUAAUUUGGUCAGCAGAUUGGGCGUAGAAUUACCGAAACAAAAGUUAACCCAGCAAGUUGAACCUCAUGAAACCUUGGAAAAGAGUGUCGAUUCUGCCAUUAAAUCUACAGUAGAACAGCAGCCAUGUAUUAAUAAUUUAACUCCCCCCGAAUCUCAGGAGAUUCUCGCAAAAAUUCACAACAUUAUAACAGAAAUUGAGGAAAAUACCAAAGAGUUGCCUUCGAUCAAGCACACAGUUGACCAUUUCAAUUGUUGCAUGGGAAAAUUUGAAGUAGUUUAAAUAGUAAAUUUUACAUUACAAGCAAAAAUAAACAUAAUAAAAAUUGCAGCGUUGCUGAGUAAAACUAUGCAGCCGAAGGAAUGUUAUGUUCGUUUUGUAAUG